AUGCCUUCAGUUGCCCGCCUUGCCAGUACUCAAGCGAAAGCACCGGCCCAGGAAGAUUAUGGCUCCCUUCCUGUACGGUUGCUGGGCAGGGUGUCUUGUUUCCAAGUAGGUACCUUUGUCUUGGCUCUCAUUGGCUGCAUUAUGUGCAUCUGCUCCACAGCUGGUGUCCAAUGGAGAAUGUGGCAUGUUGACAACAUCAUGGGAGUCAGUCCGGACUUAGCUGCAGGAACAUUUGUGCUCAUUUCUGUUUCCUGGAAUAUGUUUUCCAUCCUAGCGAAGGAAGGAAUGAAGCUCCCUGUCGUUUUGGGAUUGCCUCUCGUUCCAAAAGAGCAAUGUGUUGGAGCUGCUAUUUAUGUGGGGUUCAUUGCUGCAGGUUCACAGCUCUUAAGCAGAACGCUUGUUCUUGGUGAAAAAUAUUUCUGGAGAUUCAGGGAAAGAGUCACUUCUAUGGAAGAAAUUGUUACUGAUCCUGAAAUUGUGGAAAGUGAGAGCCCAACUCUGAGGCUAAAGUGUAGGGAGGGUGCCUCUACUAUGAAACGUAAGUGUGAAGAUCGAAGGCAUAUGAAAAUAGAGUCUAUGCCAAACUCAUCAUGGAUGUGGCUAGGAACGGCUGCAAUCCUGGAACUGACAAUUUUUAAACGUUGGCAUGUGACAUUGUAA